AUGGCUUCCGCCGUUUCCAACGAACAUAGGUCCUGCCCGGCUGCUGCUUGUGAGGUGCUGCAGCAGAUGUUCGCUGGGAAAUUAUUGCUCGUUGAAAAGAAUACGGUGUUGCUUGCCGAUGAAGGAGUUGCUGCCCAUCGCAAGAACUCGAACGACAUGACAAUGGCAGUGGUUCUUGAACGGGAUCUGCAAAUCAGAACAGGGCUCAACUUCUUCUAUAUGGACGAACAGAGUGCGAUUUGCUGUUGCUCGAUAUGGGCGAUCGCCAGCCGCUGCUGGUCGGAAAAAGAAACUGACGGGACGAUAGCUCGCUGCUGCUCUUCGCAUCACGGCUACUUGAUCGCCGCUGUGGGAUUACCGACGAAGGGUGACGAGACCUCAGGCGCGUUGGACGAACCGAUAGAGCCUGCUGCUUGCAGGAAGAAGUCGUGCGACGGUGGAAGAUCGCCGGCGAUGGCUGAGGAACUGCCCGACGCGAAUAGAACACCUGUCUACCUCGCCGCUACGACCAGCCAUCCCAGCGGCAGCGUACUCGAAAUCUCCGACGCCGGCCCCGGAAUUCAAGCCGCCACUGCACCUAAAACAUCGAGCGCCGGGCUGAUGCAAACAUCAGACGUCGGGCUUACCUCACAGCAGAGGAGGUCCUCCAGUCGCCGGAGCCGACCCAUGUCACAGCCCAGCCCCACCUAG